AUGCAGAAAAAUGAGGAAGAAAAAGUUACAUAUGAAGACUACCAGUUGCAUUUGAGAAUAAAAAAGAAACAAACCAGCUUUCCAUAUGUGUCAACUAUGAAUGUACGCAACAAAAAAGACUCUCAUAAAUACUUUACUCUCCUAACCACUGCCCAUCCUGUGUAUGGACGUCCUUCUUUUGUGACAAUGCCGUACGGCACGACAACAAAUAAUAAGCAGACAGUCCGCCUUCUGGAUGUAUUGUGA